AUGUGCGUGCGGGCCGGGGUGUCUUGUCAAGCAAGAGAUGCCGUGAAUGCUCCCCGUCGGAAGAAGCGCGCUGCAGCACGGCGUCAGACGGGUCGACCACGGCAUGCUGUUGCAGGGUCUGAUCGCCCGUAUGAAAAUCACGGCGCCAGCAGCUCUGCGGUUGGCUUUGCAGUGAAUGUCUUUGGACAGCGCGCUACGCUAUACUCCAACGACCGGACGGGCAUUCCUGGCCGCGCCAGUCCCCAGCCCAACGCUCGAGCCGAGUGGACGCUGGAGAAACUGUCGAUACCUCCGCCGGCGGUCCUGGAGGCUGCUCUACAGGCUUAUUUUGACCAUAUGCACUGGUUUAUCUGUAUCUUCCAUGAACCUGAGUUUAUGCAAUGCGUUACUCCCCUGCUUCGUCAGUCGACGUGGAACGAGAGAUCUCGUGGCCGAGUGAUAGCGGCUCUAACUGUCGCAGCUUUGGGACUCCAGUGCGUGGUACAGGAUUCCAGAUGGCCAGGGCAUUCACUACUGGCUUCCUUCUCUUUGCAGGCAGCGAGCUUGCGGGAUGACCUGAUUGCUGAGGUCCGGCUGCAUGUGCUGGAACUAAUGGAUGAAUGCAGCCUGGAGACGGUCCAUGUUUCUCUUCUCCUGGGCACAUACUAUAUCUUCCACGGCUCUCCAGGACUCGCAUGGAACAUGCUUGGUGUCUCGGUCCGCUCUGCUUAUGCUCUCUCAAUGCACUGUUCCGCUCCAGGCACCCCCGGCGGUCGAAGGCCUGACCCGAUCCUAUCUCAAGUCUAUCGCCGGACCUGGAAUCACAUCACCGUAGCAGAUACGUACAGCGCCAUGAUAUACGGCCGACCAGCCUCCCUUGACGCUGCAUUCUGCCAUCUGCACGAAAUGGCUGAACUGGACGAUACCCGUCUGCCGCCAACUGUGUCGCGUCUUCUUCAGGACCCAACUGCGAACCGCCUGAUGUUCCAUACCCAGAAGUAUCGGCUGUAUGAAAUAAUCCGAACGGCCCUCAACAGGUUUCGACUUAUCAAUCUGCAGACCCCGGUCUCCCCUGACUCUUUUGCCUCCCUCGUGGACGCCAUUGCUGAUUCCCGGGCAUCCCUUGAUAACUGGAAGACCCAACUAUCCCCAAUACUGAAAGGUCAAUAUUGGAGAGAACACCCUGCGUUCGUACCAACAGCCAACGAGAACGGCCCAUUAUCACCAGAAGCGCGAGCGUUCAGACACUUGUUCCUACAGUCACAGAUUCUGCAAUUGACGUACGACAGCGCCGUCCUCUUCAUCAACAGGCCUCUUCUCGAAUAUCAAGCAAGGCCCGAGUUCCGAGCUGUUGUCGCUGAGCACCUGCCAGCCAUCCGCCUGUCAAUGGAUCUCUCCUUAAAAGCCGCGCUUCGUGUCUCUCGCGUGUCACCGGCUCAUCACGAGAGCGAGCUCAGUCUCGCCUUCGUCCUGAUGAACUUCUUUACUGCCGGUGUAAUACUAUGCCUUGCCCCCACCUCAUGGCCCUUCAGUAAAGCAGCAAAUGAAGCUAAGGACGGAAUAUUACGCAUUAUCCGUGCAAGUCGGAACCUCCGGUCCAGGAAUAAGAUUGCAAAGCAUACCGAACAGCUACUGACGCGGCUUUUGAAGUUGAGCCUGCGGCAGGAACUAGAAAAUGCUCUAAAUAGUAAUAAUAGUGAAUCAGCUAGCGACACAAACCCGAGAGAGCAGGACCAGGUACCGUCGCAGCACGCCUCCCCUUUGCAGCAAUCACCGCGACCAGCACCGACAGAAUCAUGCAGCUCGUCAACUUUGAAAGGUUAUCCUGGCUCAUCAUCAGCCGAUCCUCUGGCCCAACCCGCCGGUGAUGUUCCGUUUCCCAUGACGGAUAUGCCGGCGGGCGACCUUGAUAUCGAGCCCUUGGGCGAAGCAGGCAACUUGAAUUCCGGCCUAGAGAUAUCUGAAAGCGGCUGCUACCAUCAGAUCGACUCCUACAUGGAUGAAACAAUGGGUGCUUUUGGAGAAAUGCUGUUCAAUCUCAUCCCAAAUGACCCCUACAGCGCUUGGAACUGGGGCAACAACUUCCGGUAG